AUGGCGCAUCCUGCAAAACGGUCAAGGUAUGAUGUUCUUGCCGCGGCUACCGCUCAAUUCUACAACACUACAGGAACAGUACCGGGAAGCCUUCAGCUGGCAACUGAUAUCUCUUACCUAGUUACUAAUCAACCGAGCUGCACUAUUGUUGUUGCAGACAUCCCGGAAGGUUGUACAGAAAGGGAUUUGAUUGGUCUUUUCAGCAGAUACGGGCAGAUUAAAAAUGCUAAGCUGGUGUGCAGUGGUCGGGCUGCUCUCGUUGAGUUUUGUGAAAUUUCUCCCCCCACUAGACUUGUACACAUGGCAAAAAUCAACCCUUUUCUUGUCGGUCCGAAUCGCGUUAGGCUGGAAUUUUCUUCCGAAACUAUUACUCCUGUGAUUGACCGCAAACAUCAGUCACAGUCUUCAGCUCUGGACAGCAAUUCUCCUACGCGCAUUCUUCAUUUGGAUAUCUCAAACGCUGAAUACCCGAUAACUGUCGAUGUAAUAAAGGCAAUCUGUUCUCCCCACGGGAACAUCCUACGAACUUUUAUUGGGAAAAAGAAUGUUGACCGUUCACUAGAAGCUCUUGUUGAGUUUGAAAACGUUGAAGAAGCUAGGGCAGCCAAAGAGCAGCUUGAUGGUGCUGACAUAUAUUCCGGUUGUUGUAACCUUACGGUUGCAUAUUCCCGUCUUCAACGUGUCCAUGUAACUCAGAACGAUAGUGAGUCCUGGGAUUUCACCGGUCCAAGUGGCAAUUUAGAAGGACCUUUAAACAAUUCUUCCACUCAGCGCACGCUACUUGGUUCAUUAGCUCAACCUCCCAACUCAGCCGUAGCUCCUGCAAUCCUACCACCUCCUGCAGCCGCCCCGUUCCCACAAGUUUCUCCGGUGUAUGGCGCACAACCCUACCCCCCCUCCCAAACACCGAUGGGUUACUAUGGGAUGGGCCCACUUAUUCCUUCGGCGUGCGCCGUUCCUGCAGGGACACCAUUUGCUUCUCCAUAUCCAGGUUACUGGCAACCUAACAUGAUUCCGGCUGCUGGUAUCCAGUCUCUCAGGCCACAAGCUUCGACUGGUUUCACACCACCAUCACAAAUUAUAAUACUUCCAACCCCUCCUUCAGUUCAUCAAGUAAAUGCUAGUGGGAUUGGGAUCGGCCAUUCAACAUCAAAUCUAUCUGUAUCAACUCCAGCUGCUCGUCAAUCGGAUUUGUCAGUUUUUGAAGCUAUUGAAGGUGUAGUGUUAAUGGCCAGCAAUAUACCACAGCGCAUGAAUUGUGAUCAUCUGUUCAAUUUGAUUUGUCUGUAUGGUAAUGUCGCCCGGAUUAAGUUCCUGAAGACACGCCCUGGCUAUGCAAUGGUUCAAGUUGGAAACCCAGAAACAGGUGACCUCAUACAUCGAUACUUCAGUGGAGUGUGUGUGUUUGGGCAAGUUAUCCAGUUUCAUCACAGCAAGAUUACGGAGCUUAAGGAACAUGAAAAUCUGGGGACAUUGGCUGAUGGUUCGCCAGUUAUGAAAAACUACAUGACGGACCCCAACAACCGCUUUCGAAACUCAAUGGUGGCUGCCAAGAGUAGGAUACUAGAACCUUCUCGCACCCUUCAUUUCUUCAAUGCCCCGCUUAAUUUCAGUCCAGAUGACAUUUGUCGAGUGUUCUCAGAUUGUGGUGCUACACCUCCACCCCGAGUUGUAAUAUUUACUUCCAAAGCAGGUCAAAAAACUUCUCUUGGAUUGGUAGAAUGGGAUACGUUAACUGAAGCUCUUGAGGCCCUCAUUUUAGCAAAUCACCGACCAGUUCAUUUAUCUGGAUACGCCCAUCCUUUUCAUCUAAAAAUUGCUUUUAGUCCGAAACCUAUAUCGGAUGACAGAGCUGGCAUUUCGCUGAUACGCUAUCCUGCACCUCCUUUGAUGCCCGGAAAUCAUGGAUCGUCGGCUAUAAAUGGUCAGCGAAAUGAAAAACCUGGUGGCGGUUCUAAUGGAGAAAAAGAGGAUGAAUUAGAUAUUCUUUCAAAAAUGGAGAAAGCUGAAGGUUGUGCAAAGCCCGAGUCAAAAGGUGACUCAGUGGAUGCUAAAUCUGAUCCAGCUAAAUUUCCAGAAAAUGAAUCCAAUGGUGCAUCAAAUUCAUCGGAAGUGACCGGAAAUGAAACUUAA